AUGGACAAGCCGCCUCCAGUUCCCAUGAAUCCGUCUCUUUCCCUUAGCUCUGUUGAUCUUACCUCUACCUCGCCUCUGCCGGUUCCUGGGACUCAUGACAGACCUCGUUCCCAAGACCAGGUUGAGGGCGAGGGCGAGGGUCACUACCAGACCCUCGACGCUCUGCCGCCUUCUCUACAUGUCUCGACAAGCUUUCCCAUGUCAGAAGUCGAUACUGUCUUUUCCAUGUAUCAGCCAACGUCUACCCAGGCCAGUAUCGUCAGUCGGCGCGAUAUAGACAUGUCUGGACCGCCUCCCCCACCUCAUCCUCCACUGUUAUGGAAAGCUCUCGAUGAGCCAUCUCGUUCUCCUCCUCCACCACCGCCGCCGCCGUCUUAUCUUCGACCUCCAAUGAUAUUGCCACAGUCAUUUUCGCCCGCAUCCAAUCGAACCCCGUUCGGUAGACCCCCGCCUCCACCACCGCCAGGAGAUGCUUUUGUCCAUAGAAAUCUACGACCACCACUCGUUUACAAUCAUGACGCGUUUCCUCAGCAACAAUCAUCUCAACAAACAUUACCGCCGCCUCCUCCCGUUCUGACGUCAAACGGCUCACCACUUGGUGCUUCUGGCGGCGCUUCAACACAACCUCACACCCCAGUUUUGAGGCCACCAAGGGAUUUUACUGGUUUCAGUCAAUUGCCUAGUGCCCAGCACUUGCUUGGGGGAGCUAGUCUGGGAGGUUUAUCAGUUCCUCAGACAACAAAUCGAAACGAGAUUGCUGGAUCAACCUCAAGAACACCAUCUUCAAUCUACACCAUACCACGGCUAAUUGACGAUAUAUCUUCUGAUGAAGACUCUAUUGUUCUUAGAAACUCACGACAGUUUCCUCCUCUAUACCCGACUGCAUCCACCCUGACUGCCCAAGGAAGAAAUCGAAAAACGUCUAUGACAAAUCGCAUAACUACUUGGAUAUCCGAGUACGAACGGGAUCAUGCGCCAAAAGAUCGGCUGGACUUGAGUACCAGCCUAGAACCUCUUCUGGAAACCACUAGAGGCGACAGGAGCCAUGUAUCAAAAGAAUCUGCACCUUCCGAGGAUACCUUGGAGCUUCUUUGGACCAGACUCAAAGAUCAGCGUGUCAAGCUAAAUAGUAUCAAGAGCCAGAUGGCUAAGAAGAGGAAGGAACUGCGGGAACUACGUCGGAGAAGAGACGAUGCAGACAACGCUUUCAUGGGCGUGAUUCGGCCCAUGCUAAUCGCUCACCAAGAACAAUUAGAAACAUCACCUGUUACUCUGGAAAGACGACUGGCAGAUCUGCAACUACUCAGAACCGAGUAUCAGGAUUCUGAAAACGAUUACGAAGAUCUGGAGCUCACACUUGAUGAAGAAGAAGAGACACUGAACAAAUUGGAAAUCCGCUUCUUCAGUUUAUUGGCAGUAGAUCAGGCCACCCCACUGGAACAACCACGCGAUGACGAGCCCGACCUCGAACAAGACGACAGCAAUAUGCCGAAUGAGCUGAUGGGCAUAAAUCCUAACGGACCCUCCGAAGACGUACACCCUCUAUUCUUGGAGCUCAUGGCUGCAGUUGGUGAUCUCGAAAAUGCCAAGGAAGAACUUGACGAGCUACUGUUUCUUAAAGAGCAGCAUGAGGGCGAGUUGAGGAUGAAGUCUGCAGCGGGGAUGGAUCUAAACGAGGCUGAGGUCGAGUUUUUUGCUGAGUUUCCAGUGGAAGAAGAACAAAUGCGCAGCAGUGUCACGAGCCUGGAAGAACAGGUAGCGCAUCUUCGGAAACGCUGCGAGGAGAAGAAGGUGAUAAAAAAGCAUCUGUCCUCGAGGGUUUCCUAUCUUCUAUACCCUGAGGACGGAUAUGAGGAUAUAGAGCUCGACAAAGCCUCCGUAAUUCUGCGCACGCAUUCGGAUCUUGCUGAUCCUACAUUCCCUGUGAUUAUAAGUCAACCUGAACACGUCUUAGCUGAAGACUUCCCUCUCACAUCACGCGGGGCACUCAAGGCAGCUGCAGCCUUGCCGGCAACUGACCCAAAGAAGCCAAGCUGUAUGCAGCUCGCAUCUAAGGAAUACGCCAUUGAUCGACUCAUGCUGGAUCACGGCGAGGGGGGCAAAGGGGACUUCAUCAAUAGAUGGCUUCUGCAUCAACUGCGUCUGUCUUCUACCAAUGCGCGACUGCUCCACACGACGUUUACCAAGAGCCGAGGGCUCAAAAUUCGCGACCUUGAUCGUUGGCAGAGCGAUGUGCUGCACUAUUGGUGGAAUGAUGAGGGUGCUGAGCUGCCCGAGGAUAUGAUGCAGCUUGUAACAAGCGAACACUCCAACGAUGGUUCCAGAUUUGGGACGAAUCGUCUUUCGAGGGCGGUCACUUAUACCCCAGGUAUGCCUAGCGGUCGACAGAGUCAUCCAACUGCAAGCAGUGUUGCUGCGCACUCUGCUUGGAAUUGA